AUGAAUGUCAAGCAAAUCAUGAAGGUUCGUCUGGUAAGAUGGAGGUAGACGCCGUCGUCGAAAUGUUUCAACGUUCCGAAACUUUACAUGGCAUGAAAUAUGCAAACUAUGUCGGCGACGGUGAUAGCAAAACCUUCAAGGGUAUACUGGAGAAACAUCCAUACGAAAAUUUUGAAGUGAAAAAAAAAGAGUGCAUUGAUCACGUGCAAAAAAGAAUGGGCACUCGUUUGCGAAAUUUAAAAAAAAAAGUAAAAGGCCUCGGAGGAAAAGGUAAAUUAACUGCUAAAUUAAUUGACGAGCUUACAAUAUAUUAUGGUUUAGCGAUACGGCGGAAUCCAAACUCCGUGAAAAAUAUGAAAAAUGAUAUUUGGGCAACCUUAUUUCAUAAAAUGUCAACCGAUGAAAAUCCGCAACACGAGAAGUGCUCGGAGUCUUGGUGCGACUGGAAAAAAGGGACAAGCAGCAAAUUCCUUGGCUACUUACCAUCAUAAGCCGCCACUACCGAAGGAAAUUUUUGAAGCUAUCAAACCUAUUUACGAGGAGCUGAGCCGUGAUGAUUUGCUAAAUCGUUGCUUGGGAGGCUACACUCAAAAUAGCAACGAAAGUUUCAAUGCUGCUGUAUGGAACUUGGCGCCAAAAUCUUACUCAAGCGGCAAAAAAAUAUUAUGUGCAGCAACUGAUAUUGCUGUGUGCACCUUCAAUGACGGUUUGACUAACAUUUUACGAAUUAUGCAAGUUUUGGAGAUGGAUAUCGGCUACCAAGCAUACAAUUUUUGCCUUUAAGCCAAUGCGACAAGGAUCGAGCACUCCGAGCGGGCUUUGACAGAUGCAGCAAAGAAGGCACGCACCAGCACAAAAUCGUCGCGGAAAGAAAAUGAGGAACAAUACUUGAGCAAAGAAGGGAUGCUUUACGGUCCUGGGAUAGCAGACUAAUGAUAAAUCUCUACGAUGGUUCUGCUGCGUGCCGCAAACCCC